AUGUUUCAAGAAAAUAACGAUAUUACUGUUUACGUUUUAGCACCAAGUUCACCUUCUUCUACCAGUUCGUUUAGUCACGAAUAUGAUACUUCAAAUUUUUUUUCACGCCUUCCAAAUGAAACUAUUUUUGCUAUUUUUGCAUUUACUUUGACUGAUCGAACAACGACCUUUGCCACCUCAGCAGCAAAUGAACCUAAUUCAACGACCACCUCAACAAUCGUUUGUUCACCACAUAAACAAAUUGCUAUACUUUCUCGAGUUUGUCGCUUAUUCCAUAAAAUAGCGAAUGAUGUGUUCAUAUGGCAAAUGGCUUUUGAAAAAAUUUUUGACUCUGAGGCUAUAAUUAGAGCUGGAAUUAUCGAAAAUUACAAUCGCCUAGAAGAAGGAGGUGUUGAAGGAGUUGAUAUUAUUGGUGAUACAAAAGGUGAAGGUGAAGGUAAAACAACUUCUCAAGUACAACCCUCCUCUUCUAGUUCGGUACAAACACAAACCGGUGGAAAUAUUUGGAAAGAAUUGUAUAAAGAACGUCAAAUUGCCUUAAAUAAAGUGAAAAAUUAUAUUACACCUACUUUACCUUCGCCUUUUGUUUCCAUUAAUUAUCAUAUUGAAAAUGAUGACGAUACUACUACUACUAGUAUAGAUGAUCUUAUGGAGUGUAAUUUUAAUUGUAUUUUAGAAGAUAAUGCUGACGAAGAUGAUACUUUUACUAACGACGAGGAUAGUUCAACAUUAAAAUCAACCGAUCAAGUUGAUGAUAAUGUUGAUGUUCCAUUAAUCGAUUUUAAUUUUGUAGGUAACCAGGAACAUGAAGAACAAACCGAAGAAAAAUAUCCAAAUAGCUCUGACCUUACCCUUGGAGAUGAUGAUGACUUUCUUUUUCAAGAAUUUGACCUGGAAGAUACCACUGGGGACGCCGUUGAAAAAGACGCUACAAAGGAAAAUGAUGCUAAAAUUGAUCUGGAGGACAAUGCAAUUUCCACUAUCAAAGUGGAAGAUAUUUCUCAAGACAUUGAUUUUGUAGGCGAGGAUCCAAUUACUUUUGAUGAUCCCGAGUUGGAUUCCAUAUUCGCUUCCAAUAUAAUUGAAAUGGAUCAAAUCUUCAAUGAUGUGAAAGAUGGCAAGACUAUUGCACGACAUACUGAAACAUUAGUUAAAGAUACUGAUAAUUCUACUAACGAGGUAGAUAAUGUUUUUGAUCAAAAUCAGGAUCUUUUUAAUUCGGAAAUUAAGGAUGAUCUGGAUGAAACCUAUUUACAGGAUUAUUAUGAAUCAUCUAAAUUACCGGAUUAUGAGGAUGAGUCUUCUCAGUUACAGGAUUAUGAUGUUGAGACUUCUAAACUGGAAGAGCUUAAAUUACCAGAUUCUGAAGAACUUUCAUCUAAUUUACCUGAUCUUGAAGAAGACCCUUCUUCUAAUUUACAUGAUCUAGAAGAACAACCUUCAUCUAAUUUUCCUGAUCUAGAAGAAGAAGAACCUUCAUCUAAUUUCCAGGAUGAGGAACUUAAAUUGCUUGAUCACGAAAUACCUUUGUCUAAAUUACAGGAUCACGAGGACCCUAAAUUACCCGACAUUGAAGAACCUUCGCCCAAAUUGCAGGAUUAUGAAGAGGAGUUUAAAUUACCUGAUCACGAAGAAGAAUCCUUUAAAUUACCUGAUUAUGAUGAAGACUUGAAAGAAUCCAUUAAUGAUGACCUACCUGCUUACGAUGAAAAUGAAGUAUUUCAAUUACAGGAUUACGAUGAAGAUAAAAAAUUGACUAAUUUGCAAGAUUUUAAUAAUAAUAAGACGGAAAUUGCUUCAAAUGUAGUAGUAUUAAACGAGCAAGAAAAUGAUUUACCCGCUUAUGAUGAAAAUGAUGGUGUUGAAGACGAGGUAAAAAGUGUUAACCUACAGAAUGAAGAUGUCGCCUUCGGUAAUGGAAACAAUGACAUAUUGGAUGACGUAUUGGAUUCUAACAUGAAUGAUUCCGGAAACAAUCAUGAAGAUGAUGAUGACGACACGAUUCAACAAUAUUAUGAAUAUGAUACAUCACAAGAUGUUGAUGAUGAGAUUGUGGAACUAUAUUACGGUUCAAAUGAAGAUGAGGGUUAUCAAGGAUCUGAUAUUCAAAGUCGAAGAAUACGAAUGGGCUUUACCCGACAGAAUAAUAACCCGGAAUUAUUAAAGAUUUUAAAUACUAUCUGGAAAAUUUGCAAAGAGAAUGAUGGAAUGAAUAGUGAAGUAUUAUUAGCAUCAAAUGUCAAAGAAUUUACGGUGAGCCUAAUUCAGGCACUGGAUAAAACGAAUACUCAAAUCGAUUGUUUAUCUAUUGCUUUACAAGUCCUUUCAAUUUUAAUGGCUUGGCACCCAGAGCUUGCGAUUGGUUUACAAAAAAUGGACACAUUUUGGUCAAAUAUUCAUGCUUCAAUGAUCAUCCCCGAUAUAUUUUUCCCAGAAUCAACGGAUAAUGAUGUCAGACUAAAACAUUUAUAUCUUCCAGCAUCAGCAGGAUCAGCGAUUCACAUCUUUUUCCGCAUAAAAUAUGUCAAUUCGAAUCGAACGGAAUCUAUUUAUAACUUCUCGCCGCCGCCUCCAAUCGUACCAAAUUCCAAAAUUUUCAACAAUUUAUACCAAAAACCUGGAGAUGAAAUUAUUCAACCAUAUAACGACGAUGAAUAUGACGGGAAAUGGUUUGGGUAUUAUUCAGAUUUCCAACCAUUACCUUAUCAAUAUUGGGAAGGGGUAACACAAGAAUCAGCAAUGGAUAUUACGUUAAAGUUUUCUCCACCAGAACCGGGUAAAGUAUGUAAUUUAAGUGCUUAUUAUUAUUUUAAUCCAAGCGCAUUGGUUACUGAUAAGGUAGUAAAAGAAUUUUCUGGUAGCGGAACUGAUCAAGUUGGUGAGUUUAUUAUUAAAAAAGGUGUUAUUACCGAGAAAGGAAAAGUGAAUUUUAUAAAAACAUAUGUUGCUUCUCAUAGUUGGAUUUAUGAUGGUGUUUUAUUGCCUGUUGGAAUCUGCGGUAGAUGGGGAAGAGCAAAUAAUUGGGGAGGCAAUUUCUGGAUUUGGAAAAGAUAA